GGUGAAAGAACCCAAACUGAAUUAGCAUUUACCAAACAGAAUGGACCAGAUUUGCUGGAACCGAUAAUUAUAUCCUUUUUAAAAGAAAAUAUACUUACUCUGUGGCAUCAAUAUAUGUUAUCUUUUAACCAUACAAACACACUACUAAUGAAUCUAUCCAGCCCAUCAUGAAAGAGAGAGCCGUUGAGAGAGUGAUAUCUGAAUCAAGUCAGAAAGAGGAAAUCGACCUGACAGCGGUUACAGAUUUACUUGACUCUUUAAAGUUGUUUACUCUCUCUAGCUCACAGAUAUCAAACGAAAAAAGAUCAGAUUUAUUACAUAAUUUGGUUCAAUUGUCAUUUUUAAACCUUAAGAUAGCUAUGCCUUCAUUAGACUGUAAGCAAUGGCCUGAUGAUAUAGUGGCAGAUUUAUUUAAAGAAAUUAUGGGCAUAGAAAACAUGUCCAGUGCAAAGAUCACAUAUCUUAUUAAUGCAGCAACAUAUACAAAGAUUACGGAUUUAACAUCGACGGCCCCGAGGUUGCUUAUGGAUAGUAUCAUUUCAAUUGCAAAGUGUGAAGGAAAGUCUGUCAUUGAUGGAUUGGUUCUACCUUUAUUAUUUCAGUCGGACUUGAAAAGGCCUCAGACUGAAGUGAUUGUAAAGAUAAUCAGCGAAUCAUUGAAUGCAUCACAACGACUAUUGUUACUACAGGCUAUUCUUUCAGACGGUGAAAUGUACUUUAAUCACGAAAAUGUAUCUUUGACCUCCCGGAGAUAUCUUAGGCCAUGGAAUGAUCUGAUAUUCCAAAUUUUAAAUUCUAUUUUAAGCACACAACCUUUUGUUGCACUGGACAAAACGUGCCUUUUUGACCUUGUCCAACCUAUACAAACGGUGGUACAAACAAACCCCAAGGAUAAAUCCUCCAUGCAAUUGUUAUUGCUUCUAACUAGUAAAUAUCCCCAAGCGCUGGUGGAGUUUGGCGCCAUUGAUACAAUCGAUACCAUCUGUCAAUCGAGUACUAUGUUUUUGAAGAGAGCUGUUUUGGCCCAGAUUACAACUGCCCGAAAAAACUUGCAAGCAAUGCAACAACAACGAGGAUAAACCUAUGUAAAUAUUAUAAAUAAAAUAGACGCACUUAGUUAUAUGUA